GUCGUGAAAGUGUAACAGUAGGAAAGAACGCGAAUGGUCGAUGAUUUAACGAACGCCUAGGAAGGAAACCCUGGGACGUCAUCGGGAAUACCACGCUAGAAUAGUUGCCACGAGAUGAUCAAAGCCUGAUCUCCAUCGGAACCAGGGUCCGUGUUGCCGGCCGGGAGCAACAGUUCAUUUGCGGAACCAGAAAUCCUAGAGAGAAACUAAACCCCUACCGCAUGCUACGUAAGUAAACGACUCAUCAUUAAUUAAAAUACAAUCAUUAAUUAAUUUAAAAUUCCUAAUGCCAACACUACCCUUGCUUCCAUUUCAAAAUUAAUAGUAUUGUAAAAACUCCAAGCACAAAGCAUGGCCCGAGAUCAAAACAACAAUAGUGCAUUGGUUCUUCAAUUGAAAACCUUAGUGAAACAGCUUGCUACUGUCAGCAGCAACUAAAUUGUAAUUUCCAUCCAUCGCCAGAGUCCAUUUCUAUUAGCACCAACUGAAAUUGACAUCGUUUGCCUCCAUGCAUCUACUUUGCUACACAUAAAUAAUCGAUGGAGAGCAGUAGUGGGAUUAGGGAUUUGUUUACACCAAAAUAAUUUUCAUUAAUUAUUGCUCGUGUGAACAGGUUGACCAAUUUAAGUAGUUGGUCCAUGUGUACAUGAAUGGUCCAAGUAUCAAGUCAGGCCAUAGGAAUAAUGGAUGGUAGUGUCCAAAUACAUGGAUACCAUCCAAAAUCCAUAAUGGAUGGUAGUGUCCAAAUACAUGGACACCAUCCAAAAUCCAUAAUGAAUGGUAGUGUCCAAAUACAUGGAUACCAUCCAAAAUCCAUAUUGGAUGGUAGUGUCCAAAUACAUGGACACCAUCCAAAAUCCAUAAUGGAUGGUAGUGUCCAAAUACAUGGAUACCAUCCAAAAUCCAUAAUGGAUGGUAGUGUCCAGUGUAAUGGAUACCGUCCAAACCCUAAUGGAUGAUGCUGGGGUAUGGUGACCAUUUAAUAUGAGUACCACCCAUGGAGUGGACUGUUGUCUUAGUCAACAUGGAUACCAUCCAACUUGUUUUGUGUACGGUGACCGUCCAAUGGUCAAGUGACAUGAUGACGUGUUGAGGUGGUUACCAAAGGCAACACUUGACUUGCAAAGAACGCUCGUGGAAGUUACUGGAUGCUACGUGGAGUUGAUUUUUGGGAAGAGAGAGAGAGAAGGCGGUUAGAGGGCGAGGCACAACAAAACUGGCAGCAAGACUCUGGAGGAGGGACAGACAAAUCAUACCACAACAAGUCUCGUCAAAAUUUAUCUUUUCUCUCUAGAACAGUAACCGUAGCAGUAGCACCAGGGACCCUCCAACGAGGCUUCUCUAUUAGUUGUAGUCAGUAGUUGCGGAGCUCUCAAGGAAUCUCCAUAGGAGUAGAGGUAAAAGUAGCCAGUUCCUUUGAUGUAUGCAUCGAACACCGUCGUUCGAACAGUGUUUGAAGAGGUGUGAACCGAGUAACAUCGUUUUCCGUUUUCUUGAAGUCAGGGUGCAUUGAUCACGCGAAAUUCCACCUGAAACAAAUUGGCACACCUGGUGGGACAACGUGUGUUCGAUAUGGCUCCGCGACGAAGGAUUCAGGAUGGUGAUCCUCCACAAGGUGCUGUGGAGGAGGGGCAGUUGGUUAACGUUGAAGUUGACCAAGCAGGAGGAAACAAUGCUGGAGCAGAGGUGCCAAACAUGGCACCAAAUGUAGAUCUAGGCGAGGCAGUCAUGACUCUUCGUCAGAUGAUGGAGGAGAACCGCAAAGCAAUGGAGGAGAACCGCCAAAUGAUGCCGGAGAGCCGCCGGUUGAUAGAGGAAGCCAGAGCUAUGGCUCAUCAGGUAAACUCUCAAGUUGAUUGUCUCAAUUCCCGCGUAGAUAGACGAUUGGCUCAAUUGUGUGAGUUGGUAAACAAAAAUACGAAUGAUCUGGGUGAGUUAAGGCAAUUGUUGAACAAGCCAGUUUUACACACUUGGGAUUUGUCUUCAGAUGGUCGAGACUUUCCAAAUCUUGAAAGUGAAACGUUAACCUACCAUCCAACUGUGGUGGUCAAGGUGAGCAGCCACGCCCGGUGAACCCUACACCACCGGUAACAACCACCGUACCAACACCUCAAAGGGUGAAUGUUGGCGAGAGUCACGCCACUUCAUCUAAGAUCCAUGUUGAGCAACCAUCACCUAGGCAAGGUGUUGCUCGACAAAACAUUUCAGAAGCCAGACCACACAUGGCUCCUGUUAAUGUUGGGAUGGGUUUGGGUCCAAACAAUGUUGACCCGAUACUACCACGUGAGUACCCGCAGCAAAUCUCGCCCCCUAUGAAUAUGCAAGGCGUGGAUCCUGGGGGAUUCAUACCACUUGGGGGGCAAGAAGGGGGGCAUGAGAUCCCACCACAUGGAAGAUUGAAGGAUAAACAAUAUCGUCAGUGGCAAAGAAGUUUGCCACAUCCAUCAUGUUCUAGAAAAAAUCAGAUGAGGGUUGCCACAAAUUCUCCUCAAUAUGGAGGUGGUGGCCACAUGAAAAAAUUCAAUGCUGCGAAACGUGGCAUAACUCAGUAUAAUCCUCCAUGUGAAGGGUCUUCAAAGACUCCACUGAGUGGACAGGGGGGCAAGCUCGAUCAAACCCGACAUGGAGUUGCCACACCAAUGCUGGCUGCGAACAAGUCUGCCAUGAAUGGUGGACAUGUGGGCAAGACCAAUUCGCACACACGUGUUGGUGGAGCUCGCAAACCUCGGUGCUCACCCUCUCAACGUCAGGAGAGUGUGCAGUCGACAAAAAAUAACCAUUGUGGGCAAGUGAUGCCACAUGUUCGAUUUGGCCAGACAAAGGUGCCAAAAAACAUGAAUAUCCUGUCUAGAGCCAAGAACACUUAUGGUUUUCGUGAGGCUGAGAUGAGGCCAAAUCAGGCUUGUAGAGUUUUGAACAAAGUUGUUCGAGCUGGACGAAAUGGAGAGUUGCAAGCCAACAAAGACUCCAAAACAUCAAAACCAACAUGUGUGAAGCCAUCUAUGACAAGUCAUGGCAUUCACGGUUGGUAUGCUUGGUUUGAUCUGUGGAGUUGGCAAUGGGUAUGGACCUUCGGCAUGAUGGCCUAUGCCAAAGUCUAGCUUAUUAUUAAAUAAAUAAAGUGUGGCUAAAUUAGGCCAUGUUAUAUGUUAAAAUUUUUUUUUAAAAAUUAUUAAAAUAUUUUGGCGAUGUUAUUAAAAAGAAGCCACAACGUUGUUGAAAAUGGUUCAAGAUGACAAGCACAUUGCCUCAUGUGAUGUGUUGGAGAAUAUCAAUCUUGGCAUGGAAGACGAUCCUCGUCCAACUUUUAUAAGUGCCAACUUACGAGAGUCUUAUAUUAAUGGCAAGUACUUUAUGCCAUAUGUACCGUCCCUUUGGGACAUUAAGGAGUGUUAGUAAUUUAGAUGUCGGCCAAGUGCAGAUGGAGACCUAGUUGAAGUUGACAUGGUUUCUAAGAUGUGCAACAUGGCCGAGGAGUGAGAUGGCCAGGACAAAUCUUUUCUAGAUUGGUCAUUAAAAGGGAUUUGUUUUUCUCGGAAGCAAAAUGGUUGUCGUCCAACUAGAUAGUUUGGAUGGUUGAGUCAAAACAUGGUUACCUUGCCACCUUCUGGAUAGACUGUAUCAUCCAUGAAACUAGAAGCCAAGGAUGGUUGGCCUUAAGUAAUUUGUAACUAUGGUUUGGUUAAGUGGUUGCAUGGAUAGUGUUGUCCAAGCAAAAGGACAUCGUCCAAGUUGUAUAUGGAUUGUGAUUGAGUUUGGCCGAGUAACCAUCCAUGAUUGAGAGGACGAGUACCUGAGCUUGGUGACUUGAGGCCGAGCAGUAGCAAGAGUCUUGCCAUGGGGAAGCAUCGCACAGCUUUGGAGGUAUGGUGAUAUUUUUUGAGUUGUGAAUUAUGGUGAAUGAGAGCAUCAAUUUAUAGAGAAAAGUUUAAUUAUGCCCUAAUAGGAAUGAGUUACCUCUUGCUAGUAGGAUAUGGAUUAUGAGGUGUGUCCUACAUGAAAAAGAAUUUGCGUUCAUUAUCACAAAAGAAAAAGGUAGGCUACAU